AUGGAUAGGCUGAUGUAUUAUUACAAUAAAUGCUUCGCAUUUAUCAUCCGAACAUUCAUGGGCUUUGCCAGAAAUGUAUCGGCCAAUCCAGAUGAAAUCCACCACAUCAAGUCCCGGGAUGUGGGCCGCACGAUCAAGGUUCAUCUGUAUCGACCGUCUGGCUCGGGCCCAUCACCUGUCCUAAUCAACUUUCACGGAAGUGGCUUCGUGAUACCCCUCCAUGGCGGCGACGAUGAGUUUUGUCGACGAGUCAGUCAUGAAACCAAGCACACUGUCUUGGACGUCCGCUACCGUCUGGCACCAGAACACCCCUUCCCUGCCGCCCUGAACGAUGUCGAGGACGCCAUCAAAUAUGUGUUCACCUGUCCUGAUAAAUUCGACUUGACCCGUGUAUCGAUAUCAGGAUUUAGUGCUGGUGGUAACCUGGCGCUGGUGGCAGCUUCAAGCCUCUUCCCUCGCGAUACCUUCCGCUCCCUGAUAUCGAUUUAUCCUGUGACCGAUCUAAGCCCUGACCCUGCCUCGAAGAUCGCCCCAGCCCGUGGAGACUUUGUAAUUCCUCUUCCCGUCAUGCGCCUCUUUGACCGCUGCUAUGUCCCCUCCUCAGUCGACAAGCGGGAUCCCCGCAUUUCGCCGCUCUUUGCCCAGGUGGAUCGAUUCCCACAGCGUGUCCUUAUGAUCACCGUUGAUGGGGAUACUCUUGCGCUUGAGGGAGAGGAGCUGGCCCAGAAGAUCAACACAUUGCAAGGCCGACAUGUGGUCAGCGAGCGCCUGCUAGGGUGUAGUCAUGGAUGGGAUAAGAGCACGAGAAUGGGAACACCGCAAUACCAAGCUAAAGAGCGGGCUUAUCAACUAGCAUUUGACAUGCUGAACGGGAGCUAG